UAUACAAUGCAUGGUAUGAUUGUUACGUGUAGAGGCAUGAGUAGUCCAUUAUAAUCAUCAUAUGUCGUAUCCAGAUCGUCAAUUAUCAUGCGGAUCUAUCCUAGUACCGCUCUAUCACUCCAUGUCUUCUGCCUCCGCCACGAGGUCGGAAGAUGGCUCGUGUCCCUACUUUGCAUCGUCCUCCAGCUUGGCCAUCUCGACUUUAUCCGUCUCAAAAGUCGACGCCCACUUGAGCACCCUGUCGUGGACCUGGAUCCUAUUACCAUUGUGUAAGCAUACGAACAUGGCCUUGAAACUAGAGUCUCAACUUGUUCAUACUGAAAUUCCUUA